CAAAAAUCCACCUCAAUUGGCGGUCCCAUUUUCGAGAGCCACCUCAAAUACACGAAUCGUGCAUCGCCAUUUUGUGAGACCACAUAAAACAAGUACUUACACCCUUCAGCAUCAACAGCUACCAAAAACAUGGCAUUUCGAAGUGCGCUCAUCUUCUUGCUGGCCUCGAGCCAUGCGUCUGCUGUUCAGGCUGCGCACGGAGGAUUGAAAGGGACAAAGGUCGCUGACCAACAAGCUCACGGUACGCAAGGUAGGAGGUUGUUUCGCAAAGCCGAAAAGCCCGUCCCCAAGAUGGUUGAGCUCCCCCCGAUGGAGGAACGAAUGGACUACAAUGACCAAAACUUCAAUAUCGUCAUGGCAACCGACGGUGGCGACUUUUGCUUCGACUUUGAUAAAUGGUGUACGGGCAUUGCUUUGGCGACGAUGGCAUCACGAAGCGCAAUGAGUGGCCAAACUGGCUUAAAUUCGAGUGACUUUGUCAACACAUUCGCCCUAUGUGAAGUGGGACGGCUGACGGCACAGACGACUGGCUCGAUUCUCGUGGCUGAAGGGAGCUUCGACGUAACACGCGUUGGGCAAGACGUGAAUGGAGCAGGAUCGGUGCAGGAGAUUGACCUUGCCGUCAACAUUCAGUCCGCCAGUGUCGCCCUUACGAGCUCAAACAAUCAAAUUGAAGGAGAAAUUAUGGCUGAGGUUGACGGAUUUGCGUAUACAGAUACAAGUGCUCUUUGCGAGAAACUAGCAGAAGAAGGAAGUGGCGGCAUGAUGUCUGAAUUUCUAUGCGCUGCUGGAACAUCAAACUCUACCAUCUUUGGUAACUCCACGGCCACCAUCUUUACUAAUUCGUCUGCUGCGUCCGAGGCUGGAACCGUCGGCGUUAUUGCGACGCAUGUGCACGUAAAAGGCGAGGACAUUCAGGAGUUUUCGGCUUCGGUUGCCGGUGGCGUUGCCAGCUUUGCCUUUGCCGAGGCCUCUUCCGUAGCCGAGGCUGUGGUAGCUGCAUACCUGGAUGCAGUGGCCGACAGUUACACCGAAAUUUGUCAAGAUUUUAUCAUGUCUACCUGCGUCGAUGAAUGCGACCUUCUAGCCGGUAUGGGACUGCAAAUGGAUUGCGUGGGAGCUUGCAGUGGCGAUCUGUGCGACGAAGACUUUGCAGUGAAUGGGCUCAACGCAACAUCGUUUGCCGACUCGUUUGCGUCGUCCUACACAGAAUCGUUCAGUCGAGUUGCCUACCAGUUUGUGGUGGAUGCCGUUUUCCAGCGAGUAGAGGGAGACAACAACGACGUUAUGUCCUUCACCUUGGGUACGAAUAGCUCAGGGCCCAACACCUUGGUUGAAAGAACCAGCAUAUCGCAGACUUGCAUUAGUGGUGUGGUACCUCAGUAAGCAUAAAAAUACCUAUUUGUGAAGAGCAAAUGUCCUGCCGACCAACCACUAAUUCUUUCAUCUGGCAGCGCCAAAGCAGCUGGAGUCAAAAUACAAACAGUAAACGAAUAGUACUCGUGUGUGAUCU